GAUGCUUUCGCAGCCUUAGUCAUCGCGGCCAUAUGAUUUUUCUAGGCCUACCGGUGUAUAUGCGGCUGCAUUUUUGAAUGUGAACAGAUUUUCAUUUGUUGGAGUGAUGCCUUGGCUACAGUAAGAUGCGUUUCUAAGGAGGGGACAGUCAUGGAUUUAGGAUCCGGUUUGUUUCAUUUGAACGUGAGAUCACGGCUGCUAAAACAUGGAGUGAUUGACGUACAGUAACUGGGUUUUUGGCAGCGAGGAGAUCGACCCUUUUGGUCCAUCGGUUGCCUGUAUUUCAGUGCUCUAUUCCUGCGAUUUUUUUUGUUGACGGAGCCCCCUGGCAAUCGGCAUUAUUUCCUCUCCGUCUGUGGCUAGUGGGGGAGGCGGAGAGAGAGCCGUGGAGGAAGGCGCCGUAAUAGCGUUAUAGCUGCUGACCACGAAUAAUGCUUUAUUUUGGGGGAAUGAAACGUGGCUUAUGUUUUUGAGAGCGGACUACCAAACUUGUGCUUCACUGCAGCAUUUUUGCGUCUUUCCCUCCGCUGCAGAUGAUACAGAAAAGCAUCAUAGCGGUACCCCACCACUGCAAUUUUUGGGCAAAGAUAAGAGUGGCGUCGUCUUGCAGUUAAGGCUACACUAUGGCAGCAUAGGGGGGCAUCUUCUGGAGGGGAGAAUCCGCCAAUUCCUUGCUUAGCCCUGUCUCCAAUGCCUUAUUUUUUUUAGCGGAAAGCAGUGACUGGAUUUGACACCCAGCUGUUUACCCGUUGGAAAACACUCGAAAAAGCAGCGGAUCCCGAUGGCAUGGACACUUAUGCAAGGUCUGCCGCGCUGCCGUGCUACAGGAGCCUACUCACUGUCUCUACAUUCAACCAAGCUCCAUCGCCAUCGCCCCGCAGCCGAGAGAGCCCUGCCGCAACGCGACCAGCGACCACCGAGCCAAAGCAGGCGGCAUGAGGCUUGAUUCAGUACAUUUAUCCAUGCUGGUCAUCGGGGUCUCAUUCGCCUGCUACUCCCCGAAUUUGAAUUCCCUGCAGGACCAGGUUUUCAAAUCCGCUGUGGUGAUCGAGGGCAAGGUGCAGUCUACGCCUGUGAACGUCUCCGCGGAGCCGUACCGUGUGAAUGUCAAAGUGCUGGAUGUUUGGCCCCAGAACAGCGGGGGUCUGGAGCGAGAACAGCUCGUCACCGUGGGAGAAUUUGGAACUGAGGCUCCGUGCACCAAAGUGAAGAAGAACCACAAGUACAUUUUUUUCAUGGACCCCACUGACGAGCCUUUGGUUUUCAAGGCAUCGUUCGCGCCUCUGGACACGAGUGGAAAGAACCUAAAAAAAGAUGUUGGGAAGAUCUUGUGUGAAGACUGCGUUGCGGCUCCAAAGUUAAAACCGAUGAAGAAUCCAAUAAUAGUGGAUGAGGGGAGCAAGCUCAUAGUGAAGUGCGAGGCCACAGGGAACCCUCUCCCCACCUACACGUGGUUCAAAGAUGGCAACGAGCUGAAGAAAAGCAGAAAAGUCAAAAUAAGGAACAGCCAGAAAAACUCCAGACUCCAGAUCAGCAGAGCAAAACUGGAGGAUUCUGGGAAUUACACAUGUGUGGUGGAGAACCACCUGGGAAGAGACAACUCCACCGGCACUGUAAACGUCCAAAGCUUAACCACAACGCUAUCUCCGGGCUCAGGCCACGCCAGAAGAUGCAACGACACAGAGAAGGCCUACUGUGUGAAUGGCGGCGCCUGUUACUUCAUACAUGGUAUCAAUCAGCUCUCAUGCAAGUGUCCAAAUGACUUUACUGGUGAUCGCUGUCAAACCUACGUUAUGGCCAGUUUCUACCAGCAUCUUGGGAUUGAAUUUAUGGAGGCAGAGGAACUCUACCAGAAAAGAGUCCUGACAAUCACGGGUAUUUGUGUCGCUCUGUUGGUGGUGGGCAUCGUGUGUGUGGUUGCCUAUUGUAAAACCAAGAAACAAAGAAAGAAGAUGCACAAUCAUCUGCGACAAAACAUGUGUCCAGAACAUCCCAAUCGCAGCCUAGCUAACGGACCCAAUCACCCAGGACCAGGCCCAGAGGAAAUCCCCAUGGUAGAUUACAUAUCAAAGAACAUCCCUGCAACUGAACGAGUCAUACGGCCUGCGACAGAGGGGUCCUUCCCUGCCAGCCAUGCCUCUUCCAGAUCUCAUAACUCUUCCACACGAGCCCAUUCAUCAACUCACAGACACGAGGAACGGACAUGGAGCCUGGAACAUUCUGACAGCAUCCUCUCUGACUCGCCGGGAAUGAUGUCAUCGUCUGUGGGGACCAGUAAAUGCAGCAGUCCUGCGUGCAUGGAGGCCCGGGCCCGCCGCGCUGCACACUGUGGUUACUCUGACCCCCAUCGGCCGGGCCUGCAGUACGGAGACUCCUUCGACUCGCUUGGAGACUCUCCACACAGCGACAGAUAUGUGUCAGCUCUGACGACACCAGCCCGCCUCUCACCGGUGGAUUUCCAUUACUCAUUGCCAUCGCAGGUGCCUACCUUCCAGAUCACAUCCCCAAAUGCCAGCCAUGCCAUGUCUUUGCCUCCUGCUGUCCACAACCCCUACCCACUGGAGGAUGACCAGCCUCUACUACGCCGCUACCAGGUGCCGCUACACGAUGCACAGUGCCAGGAGCCCUACCGGCAGCAGCGUCGUACCUAUCUUAAUGACAGCAGGGGCAGCCUGCCCUCCAGCCCCUACCGGCUGGCUGAGGAAGAAGACUAUGAGACCACCCAGGAGUAUCUCUCCUCUCGAGAGCAACCAAAGAGAAGUGGGUCCAGUGGAACUGGGAGCCGGCGCUGGCGGAGAUCCAGACUGAACGGCCACGUGGCCCCACGUGGAUACGAGGCAUCUCGGGACUAUGGAUCUCGGAGCUGCCUAACAGAUAGUGAGUCCGAGGAGGACGGUGAGAGCACGCCCUUCCUCAGUAUGCAGAACAUGAAUGCAGAGCCGUCCACCAUCUACAGGCCGGCGGACAGUCGGACUUCUCACUCAUCGGGGCGGCACAGUGGGCAUGGAAACAUGCACACAAGACUUACACACUCACGCUCCAAACCGGACAAUACACCCCAGUAAAGAGUGAAAAUGAACCAACGAAAAUCAAUAUAGCAUAGACCUGCAUCUAUAAGAAAUAUUUUUAUUUUAUAUAACUGACAGAUAUUCUAAACAAAUGAAAUAUUUAUUUUCAUUUUAGCAAAAGUUGUCUACUAGUUAACAGCAAAGACUUUUUUAUAGGGAAAACUCUAUUUAUAUGUACAUUUUGAUUUACAGCAUAAAAGAUGUGCCAGUUUUUUCACUACGUAAAAAAUAGAGUAAUAUUGUGGUGCCUUUUGCUGUAUGCCGAUGCCAGAGGGCCAGUGGAGGUUUUUGUAGCCUUUCUUAUAUGGACGCCUCAUUUUUUAUACACGUUUGUUUUGUUUUUUUCCUCUCUGGUUUCCUGUUUUACUUUUUUCUUUCCAAGUUGCAUUCUUUGAGGAGUCUAGCCCCACUGGAACAUAACCCCUUCCAUGUCACGCAAUAUAAACCACUUCAACAUAAAGUGUAUGUUUACAUUAAUAUGAUUCGCCUGUAGGAUUUUUAAUUUUGGAUCUAAUAGAAUGCCUGAUGAAUACAGUUUAGAUCCUUUUUGCCCUCUGAAGAAAGUCUACAGAAAGAGAGAGAGAGAUAAAUCGGUUGUGUGUGCACAAAUGACCCGUGUGUGUGUGUGUGUGUGUGUGUGUGUGUGUGUGUGUGUGUGUGUGUGUGUGUGUGUGUGUGUGUUAGUGCGCGCACGCACGCGCAUGUCAGUUUGCUUGCAUGUAUUUGUGAUGUUAGAUGAAUUUCCUAGUUUGUUGUGGUAAGAUCAAAAAUGUGGGUCUCCUGGUGUCUCAGCAGAGCUGACAGAGCGUCUCAGAGGUCCACAGAUUAGUGCUUUAUCAGAACACUGACCCUCAGUGUAGGUGCACAGGUAAGGCUGCUGUAGGCUCCUAUGUUAUGCAGGUCAUUGCUUGAUGUGUUUACAACUAUUCUGCCCCCUCUUUCCAGCCUGCCCCAAUUAGGUCCCUUUUAUUUCCCAGCAGGUUGUCCUCAUGUUAAGCCUGUUAUGAGGCUAACAAACACUGAGCCGCUCGGCACAGGGGUGACCCCUGCCAUCAGAGGUGAUGGCAAAACAAAAAGAUUGCAUCUGUUUCCACUCAACUCAGCCCCCAAUCCCAUGCCUCAUCAUCCUUCUGUGUCCAUUCUGUUUUUGUGGCUCGCGUAAAAGGCCGGCCACACAGUGUCUCAGGAUUUCCACAUGCCCCCCCCCCCUCCACUUUAGACCCUGUUCACCCAUUAAUUCGACUUAAGGUCUACCUAAAACUUAGGUUCUCAGAUGAUGAAGGCCUAACUGUUCACAUACAUUCUAUCAGUUCCCUGAACCCUCCCAUACGAAGAGUAAAGGAAAGCCAAGUGGAAGCAGAACAGUGCAGAACACACUCGACAAUAUAAACGAAAUAGCUGUGAAUCUUUGGAGGAUCAUACAAUGCAAAAAUAUGCAAACUUUCUAUUUUGCUGUUUGAUUACAUCAUUUUCUAAGAGGUGACUGUAGUGUGCUGUGUGUGUAAAAAAGCUAUGUGAUGCCUAUAGUGUAGAAUGAACUAUCAUGAUAUAAAUGCAUAUUUACAUGAGUUAGUUUUUAAAGCCAUUAUGCAGCCGUCUAUCAAGCUGUCAGCCUUUCUUGUUCACAUAUUCACGUCCGAUGAAUGACUGUGUCCAUAACUUAUGUUAUCACCUGGUUAAGAGCGCUCCACUCUACAUGUACACUUCCAGUUAGGUCAGAUAGUGUCCCCCUCCAAAAGUACUGUGUACUGCUUUGUAUGUUGACGGAUCCUGUCGUUUCAAAUCCAGUCUUAAUAUUAUAAUACUUUAAAAAGGAAACAAAAUAAUUCAAACCCAUUGCCCCCCCCCCCCCCGAAGGAAAGGAAGAUAUGAAAAAGGAAAUGUAUGAAAUUUCUUCAAAUCGACUUUGUGACAAAAGGCAGAUGAUGAUUCGUCAUCACUGUUGGUAAAAUCAAGUGAAUGCUGGAUGAUCCUAUCAGAUUUUAAACUCUUAAAAAAAGAUUGAUCUGCUAUCAUAUCUGCUAUAUGGUCAAAAAGAAACAGUGGUGUUUUAUAGAAAGGUCUUUGGUCUCACCUCACUUGCAGAUAUUUCACUGAGUUUCUCGCCUCUGGGUCAACGUCUGAAGAAUGCAAAAAGAAGAUUGUCUACUUUACAUGUAAUACUCCCUUCACCUUGCCAGCCCUCCCACUUAAUCAAGAUGCUACCAGGCACAUCCACUUUUUAAUUUUAUUAUCCUCCCUCCCUCCUCCCUCACCACCACCACUACCACCACAACACCUGACCCCACCCUCGCUUGAAAUGUUUGAACACCUCUCUUCUGCAUGUCCUUGUGGUCACGGUUAGAUGGGUGCAUGGUAAAAAAAAAAAAAAAAAAGCA